AAGCUUUGUUGCCAAUUCGCUCGGAAAGAGAUUAGUAGGUGUGGGCAGGGGAAGCGCAGGAGCGGAAGCACUUCCUGUGUCUCUCGCAGCCAGUUGCACUCUCACUCACCUGAAUGUUGCGUUUUGUUUUCCUACCCCCCGAGUAUGGACAAAGCCAUGCGUAACAUUCACUUUUGGCUGCAAUUUACAUGCUCAGUUUCAAACGAGUUGUUGGCAAAUGAAACGCAUCACCAUCGGACAAAAUGAGACGAGGGCGAAACGCUCUCAAUUUACCAGGCAAGGGCGACUACAUCUGGGUCGAGCCCACCUCGGGCUACGAGUUUGAUGUCGCUAUUGGAGCCAAAGUUGUUAACACAGAAGGGAGGAAAAUACAAAUUAAGGACGACGACGGCAAGGACCAAUGGCUCAGUCCAGAGAAAAUUCGUAUCAAGGCGAUGCACGCCACCUCGGUGCAAGGCGUGGAGGAUAUGAUCUCGCUGGGCGACCUGCACGAAGCGGGCAUCCUGAGGAAUCUGCUGAUCCGCUACAACGACAACCUCAUCUACACCUACACUGGCUCGAUUUUGGUGGCUGUGAAUCCAUACCAAGUGCUGCCCAUCUACACGGCGCAGCAAAUCAAGCUGUACAAGGACAGGAAAAUUGGCGAGCUGCCACCGCACAUUUUCGCAAUCGGAGACAACAGUUACACGCACAUGAGGCGCUUUGGCCAAGACCAGUGCAUUGUCAUAAGUGGAGAGAGUGGAGCAGGCAAAACAGAGAGUACCAAACUAAUCUUGCAGUAUUUGGCCGCGAUCAGUGGAAAGCACUCUUGGAUUGAGCAGCAAAUUCUCGAAGCUAAUCCCAUUUUAGAAGCUUUUGGAAAUGCGAAAACCAUCAGGAAUGAUAAUUCGUCCCGGUUCGGAAAGUACGUUGACAUCCACUUUUCGCACAGUGGAGUCAUCGAAGGUGCGAAAAUCGAGCAAUAUUUGUUGGAAAAAUCGAGAAUCGUGGCGCAGAGUCAGGACGAAAGGAAUUACCACGUAUUCUACUGCAUGCUUGCGGGGCUGAGUGCGGAAGACAAAAGAAAGCUGGAGCUGGAGGAUGCAUCCCACUAUAAAUAUUUAACAGGGGGUGGCAGUAUUGUAUGUGAAGGAAGAGAUGAUGCUGCAGAAUUUGCCGAUAUUAGAUCUGCGAUGAAAGUUUUGCUGUUCACUGACCAGGAAAUCUGGGACAUACUAAAACUCCUUGCUGCCCUGUUGCAUACCGGAAAUAUUAGAUAUAAAGCAUCAGUCAUUGACAACUUGGAUGCAACUGAAAUUCCGGAACACCAUGACGUCCAGCGGGUUGCAACAAUUUUGGGAGUAGGCAAGCAGCCCCUGAUAGCGGCUUUGACAAGAAGAACAAUUUUUGCCUCUGGAGAGUCAGUGGUUUCAACCCUGUCAAGAGAGCAAGCCGUUGACGUCAGGGAUGCUCUUUCCAAGGGAAUAUAUGGCAGACUCUUUGUCUACAUUGUUAACAAAAUCAACAAAGCGAUUUACAAACCAAAGUCCACGUCGUGCAAUGCCAUCGGAGUGCUGGAUAUUUUCGGUUUUGAAAAUUUCAAAACCAACAGCUUUGAGCAGUUUUGCAUCAACUUUGCUAAUGAGAAUUUGCAACAAUUUUUUGUGCAACACAUUUUCAAACUGGAGCAAGAGGAGUACAACUUGGAGGCCAUCAAUUGGAGACACAUUGAAUUUGUGGACAAUCAGGACGCACUGGACUUGAUCGCCAUCAAGCAGCUCAACAUCAUGGCCCUAAUCGAUGAGGAGUCACGAUUUCCAAAAGGCACUGAUCAAACUAUGCUGGCAAAGCUGCACAAGCAGCACGGCUCGCACAGGCACUACCUGAAGCCCAAAAGCGACAUCAACACCUCGUUUGGCCUGAGCCACUUCGCAGGCGUCGUUUUCUACGACACCAGGGGCUUCUUGGAAAAGAACAGGGAUACCCUGAGCGCUGACCUGCUACAGCUUAUCCACAUUUCGUCCAACCCUUUCUUACAAAUGCUGUUCGCUGAAGAUAUAGGCAUGGGUGCGGAGACAAGGAAAAGGACUCCCACCCUCUCGACGCAGUUCAAGAAAAGCUUGGACUUGCUCAUGAAGACACUGUCAAACUGCCAACCCUUCUUCAUCAGGUGCAUUAAACCCAACGAGUUCAAGAAACCGAUGCUGUUUGACAGAGCGCUCUGCUGCAGACAGCUCCGCUAUUCAGGAAUGAUGGAGACCAUCAGGAUCAGAAGGGCGGGAUAUCCGAUUAGACACUCGUUCCACGAAUUUAUUGAAAGGUAUCGCUUUCUGAUUCCUGGAGUCCCACCUGCUCACAAAGCAGACUGCAAAGCAGCAACAGCCCGAAUCUGUCAGGCUGUUUUGGGCCGCUCAGAUUAUCAAUUGGGAAAAACUAAAGUGUUCCUCAAAGACGCACAUGAUCUAUUCUUGGAGCAAGAAAGAGACAGGGUGCUAACUAGGUACAUAGUAGUCCUGCAGAAGAAUAUCAAGACAUGGGUCCACAGACGGCGUUUCAUGAAGCUUAGGGCAGCAACCAGCAUAAUUCAGCAAUACUGGAGGGCUCACGCUCAAAGAAGACGCUAUCUGGAGAUGAGGGUUGGCUACAUGAGGCUGCAAGCCCUGAUCAGGUCUCGCGUUUUGGCUCACAGGUUUAGACAUCUUCGAGGCCACAUUGUGUCUCUUCAGGCGCGGUGCCGUGGACAUCUUGUGAGAAGAGAAGUCAGGAGGAAAUUGUGGGCCGCAGUGAAGCUGCAGUCGCACGUCCGUAGAAUGAUUGCUCAGCGCCAGUACCAAAAAAGCAGGCAUGAAAGAAGGCACCAUUUGGAGAUGUUGCAGCGAAAGAGGCAAGAAGAACGGGAGCUUGCCCAGCAGGGCAACAAGAGGGCCAAGGAGAUUGCUGAGCAGCACUAUAGGGAGAGAUUGGUUGAACUUGAGAGAAAGGAAAUCAUGCUGGAAGAAGAGAACAAGCGUAAAGCAGAAAACCAGAGGUCAAGAAUUGAAAUUGCUGCUCGAAAGCAGGAAGAACCAGUGGACGAUGGAAAGUUAGUGGAGGCAAUGUUCGAUUUCCUCCCAGAUCAGAGCUCAGACCAGCAGAGCACAGGGCGUGGAGGCGCAAACGCCGUUUUCAUGGAUCUACCAACAGCGAACGCUGAUGAUUCUCUUCCCACCGAUGAUGAGGUCAUGCCACCUAUUCAACCAGCAAACGACAUUGACCUCUCCGAAUUUAAAUUCCAAAAGUUCGCUGCAACGUAUUUCCAAGGAAAUGCAACCCACCAAUAUUCAAGGAAACCUCUCAAGCAGUCUCUUCUUCCUCUUGAAACGCAAGGAGACCAAUUGGCGGCCCAAGCGCUUUGGAUUACAAUUUUGCGCUUCUGUUGCGACUACCCUGAGCCCAGGUAUCACACAAUGGUCAGGGACACGUCAUCAGUCAUGUCGAAGGUGACAGCCACGUUGGGCAGGAACUUCAUUCGUAGCAAAGAGUACCAGGAAGCUCAGCAGAUGAAUAAUCAGACCAAUGGCCAUGAGAACGCUAAACCUGAGAGUCCAACAGCCAGGUCGAUUCGUCACAAAUUGGUUUCCUUGACACUGAAGAGGAAAAAUAAGUUGGGAGAGGAUGUGCGCCGAAGACUCCAGCAGGACGACGAGCAAGCUGCCGACAGCUACCAGUCCUGGCUGGAAUCGAGACCAACGUCAAAUUUAGAGAAACUGCACUUUAUAAUCGGUCACGGCAUUUUGAGGGCAGAGCUCAGGGACGAAAUCUAUUGCCAGAUCUGUAAGCAACUGAGCAGCAAUCCAUCCAAGUCGUCGCACGCCCGAGGCUGGAUCUUAUUGUCCCUCUGUGUCGGCUGUUUUGCUCCUUCAGACAAGUUUGUCAACUACCUGAGGGCGUUCAUCAGGGAAGGGCCACCAGGGUACGCUCCGUAUUGUGAGGCCAGGUUGCAGAGGACCUUCCACAAUGGCACGAGAAAUCAGCCACCAAGCUGGCUUGAGCUUCAGGCUACGAAAUCAAAGAAGCCGAUCAUGUUGCCCAUUACUUUCAUGGAUGGAAACACAAAAACACUGUUGGCUGAUUCGGCAACCACUGCCAGGGAACUGUGCAACCAACUUGCAGACAAAAUCUCACUCAAGGACCAGUUUGGGUUUUCCCUCUACAUUGCCUUAUUUGACAAAGUUUCGUCAUUAGGCAGUGGAGGGGACCACGUAAUGGACGCAGUGUCCCAGUGUGAGCAGUAUGCCAAAGAGCAAGGUGCCCAGGAGAGGAAUGCUCCUUGGCGCCUGUUCUUUAGGAAGGAAAUCUUCGCUCCGUGGCAUGACCCAGCAGCCGACGCAGUUGCUACUGAUUUGAUUUACCAGCAGGUUGUGCGUGGAGUCAAAUUUGGGGAGUACCGUUGCGACAAGGAGGAGGAUUUGGCUAUGAUUGCAGCCCAGCAGAUUCUUGUUCAGUACGGACCCAAUGAGAAUCUGCCACAGGACGAACUGUACUCGUUGCUUCCAGGGUAUAUUCCUGAUUACUGUCUGACAGCUUCAGACAAAGCUUUGCCCAGAUGGUCCACUUUGGUGUCUCAAGCAUAUAAGAAGAGCUACUACUUAAAAGAGAAAGUUCCCAUACAGCGAGUUAAGGAAGACAUUGUCAGCUACGCCAAGUUCAAGUGGCCGCUUUUGUUCUCCAGGUUCUAUGAAGCUUACAGAAAUUCGGGGCCUAAUCUGCCGAAGAAUGAUGUAAUUAUAGCUGUAAAUUGGACUGGUGUAUACGUCGUGGAUGAUCAGGAACAAGUUUUGUUGGAGCUUUCAUUUCCUGAAAUUACUGCGACAGCAAGUCAAAAAUCUGCUCAAGUUUAUACCCAGACCUUCUCCUUAUCAACAGUCCGUGGAGAAGAGUUUACCUUCCAGAGCCCAAACGCUGAAGAUAUUAGAGAUUUGGUUGUGUUCUUUUUAGAGGGACUGAAGAAGAGGUCAAAAUUCGUCCUGGCCUUGCAAGAUUACAAGGCACCAGGCGAAGGAUCAUCAUUCCUGAGUUUCACAAAAGGAGAUCUGAUCGUCCUGGAGGAUGGAUCCACUGGCGAAACGGUACUGAAUUCCGGCUGGUGUGUCGGCAGGUGCGAGAGUUCUGGUCAUAAAGGUGAUUUCCCUGCACAAAGUGUAUACGUCCUGCCGUGCCUCAGUCGACCUCCACAGCAUAUUUUGACCUUAUUCAGCGUAGAAGGUGUCGAGCCAAGAACGUUCCCGGCACAGCAGACCUCAUUCAACGGAGAGAACAUCGAGAAACCUCACACACUAGCCCAAUAUGCUGUAGAACAUUUCAGAGCGCCAGCGAAAAGGAGUAUAUCCAAAGCAGCCCUGGCUCUGACUGCAGCUCGCGGUGGAUCGCUAGGCCUAGGAGAUGACCUCUGGAGGCACACAAGGGACCCAAUCAAGCAGCCUUUGUUGAGAAAACUGGUCGGAAAAGAGGAGCUGGCCGAGGAGGCGUGCUUUGCCUUUUCAUCGAUGCUCAAAUACAUGGGAGACCUGCCAUCAAGGAGGGCCAGAAACAGCUCCGAGCUGACUGACAACAUUUUCGACGGGCCCUUGAAACACGAAAUUCUGAGGGACGAAAUUUACUGUCAGCUUAUGCGCCAGUUAACGGACAACCGAAAUAGACUGAGCGAAGAAAGGGGCUGGGAACUGAUGUGGCUGGCAACUGGACUGUUUGCCUGCAGUCAGCGCCUCUUAAAAGAACUGACUUUAUUCUUAAGAACAAGGCGUCAUCCCAUUGCCCAAGAUUCUCUCCAGAGGUUGCAGAAAACUUUGAGGAAUGGCCAGCGCAAGUACCCUCCGCACCAGGUUGAGGUUGAGGCCAUCCAGCAUAAAACAACUCAGAUCUUCCACAAAGUUUACUUCCCAGAUGACACCGAUGAGGCAUUUGAGGUUGAUUCCUCUACAAGAGCGAAAGACUUCUGCUCCAAUAUCGCCAACCGGCUAAACCUCUUAUCAGCAGAAGGCUUCAGUCUGUUUGUGAAAAUUGCAGACAAAGUUAUCAGCGUUCCAGAAGCAGAUUUCUUCUUUGACUUUGUCCGUCAUUUAACUGACUGGAUAAAAAAGGCCAGACCAUCGAGAGAAGGUGGAGUUCCUCAGUUUACAUAUCAGGUGUUCUUCAUGAAAAAGUUGUGGACAAACACUGUCCCCGGCAAGGACAGAAACGCUGACCUCAUUUUCCACUUCCACCAAGAGCUACCAAAGCUUCUUCGGGGCUACCACAAGUGCACUAAAGAGGAGGCUUCCCACCUCGCAGCUUUGGUAUACAGGGUCAGAUUUGGAGAGAGCAAACAGGAGCUACAAGCUAUCCCGCAAAUGAUACGGGAACUCGUCCCUGCUGAUUUACUCAAAGUCCAAAAUGCGGCCGACUGGAAAAGGAGUAUAGUCGCCUCAUACAACCAGGAUGCUGGUUUGAGUCCGGAGGAUGCGAAGGUUUCCUUCUUGAAAUUGAUCUACCGCUGGCCCACCUUUGGCUCCGCAUUUUUCGAAGUCAAGCAGUCCACUGAGCCAAACUACCCUGAAAACUUGCUUAUUGCCAUCAACAAGCACGGAGUUGGGCUCAUCCACCCACAAACAAAGGAAAUAUUUAUCACACACCCGUUUACCCGCAUUUCUAACUGGUCUUCGGGCAACACUUAUUUCCACAUGACCAUCGGAAACUUGGUCAGAGGUUCAAAACUGCUGUGCGAAACAUCAUUGGGCUAUAAAAUGGACGAUCUCUUGACCUCGUACAUUUCCCUGAUGCUCGCAAACAUGAACAAGCAGAAGUCUAUCAGGGUCAAGUAAACAACUUAAAAAAGAGCUUUUUGUACUUAAAAAUUUAAUCGUAGCCGUCCACUAAAGAAAUGUGUACAUUGUUGGAAUCUCAAAAAUGGCUUUUUUUUAAUUUGCCAGAAGGAUAAUUUUACACAGUUGUAAAUUAUUGAAAGAGAGGGUUGCAGUCUUCACGAUGAUGUGUUGUAAUAUUAACGCUUAUUGUGCUAUUUAUACAGAAAUGAUAAUCACUGUAUCCCAAAAUAAAUAACAAAAUAUGUCUCAAAAUGA